AGUACCUGUUCAAGUUCGAUCGAACGUAAACUAAUUGAAAACAAAAAUGAAUUUGUUAACGCGCGGUUCGAUUAUUCUGUUAAUCGAAUUACUAGCGGAAUUCCUCGUCACCGGAACCGAAGGCGCUUCUCUGCAGAGCAUCGGAGUGAAGAAUACGCUGUACGAGCUGCCCGGACUGGGAAAUCGUCCCGUUCUCAUAAAAACUAUACCGGGAAUUGAAAAUUACCGGAGCGACAUAUUCGAAGUUUACAUGGAACCCUACCUUCAAGAUUUGAACACUCGAGUCGCCGUCGUCCUGCUUCAAGGCGUCGCGGACAGUGGAGUAGCGGGGGAAUUGAUGCUUGUCCAACAGGAUCCGCCGUUUGGACCCACGCUUAUCACGGGCAACGUCACUGGAUUGCCAGCCGGAAAGCACGGCCUUCACGUACAUCAAUCGGGCGAUCUGAGACAGGGAUGUGAAAAAAUCGGAGGACAUUUCAAUCCAUAUUUGGUAAAUGGAGAUAUUUUGGACCCAUUAGUUAUCAAGAAAAUCGAUUUAAUUCGGGCCGUUUUUUACCACCUAGAUAAAAUCUAUUAAUUGUUACAAAUUAAUAAUGCCCUUUACUUAUAAAAAUUCCUGCAUAUAUGCAGGAUGUUAAUGAAUAUUAUCCUAAAUAGUGAUAACAUCAAUAAACCUCCUGAAUAAUGUAUUUCUUUGGUUCAUUUCAUACAAAUAUACUUCCGCAAGGGCUUUGUUAUGAAUAGGUAUUUAUCUACAUGUUAUAAUUUCAAGAUAAUUUUUUACUCCUAGGUUAAUAUGAAAUUUUAAAAUGUUCCAAAAGAAUUACAUGCUAUGUAGAACGACCCUGUAUAUUUAUGAGUAUAUAUAUAUUUUUUUUAGUUGCGCCACGGGGCUCCGUUCGAUCCGAUCAGACACGUUGGAGACCUGGGCAAUAUUGAAGCAGGCGAAGGGGGUGCGAUAGAAAUUAAAUUCGUCGAUGCUCUGAUUUCACUUACAGGUGGUCCUAGGGGUGUAGUCGGGCGAUCUGUUGCUAUUUCAACGAACGAGGACGAUUUAGGUGUGGCUGGAACGGCCGAUAGUCUGUUGGAUGGGCAAUCGGGUAAGCCUUUGGCGUGCGGAGUUAUCGCUUAUGCUAGAUAGACUUUGUAAAUUUAUUGGGCGGUUUUUUUGUUCGGUUUCGUAUACAUAUUGAGUAGGUUGUAAAAUUUUUAAUUUCGUAAGAAAUCUUUGUUAAUACCAAAUAUAAUAAUUCUGUGUCCAAUUAAAUUGGAAACAUAACACCAG